AUGGUUCAGGGCGUCGUGUGCCUUCCUUACCGAGUUGUCCACAAUGAGAGUUCUCAAGACGUCUUCACAUUGCCUCUUUUGGGUAUGCUGACAACAAAAGCGUGUCGGUUGGUUUUACUUGUUACCUUACAUUACAUUUACUGUAGCUUGAACAUGUUGGAUGAUGGUACCUCUGGCAGCAACAAGACAUUGAUAUCAAAGCAAGAACGCCGUACGUUGGCUCAAUGGUAUGCAUGGAUGGAAUUGGAUGUACAAAGCAAAACUUGUCAAUUAACGAGCCUUACAGUGAAACAGCAGCAAGACAAUAUGGAUGACAUGAAGAUACGGUUUUAUUUGAGGCAAUGGUGCUAUUGA